AUGUCGGCUCCAUCUACAACCGACGACAGCGAUAUACCGCCUCCACCCCGUCGCCAGCCCUCGAAGCGGGUGUCUGCGCUUGUCUCCCAUUUCGAGAAUGCCGCUACCUCGACUUCACCCGCCUCUCUCUCACGACCUGCCGUCGUACAAGGCCGCUUGGGUGACAUGGACUGGACGCCACGGCCGGCUCGUCAGGCUGUGGCGACGACGGCGAAGAAGGGGGAACAGAAGAAGGCUGCGGAUGAACAGGAGAAGCGAAAUCCGCUAAUGGCGAAGGCCAAGGCGGCGAAGACGGUCAUCGUGCCGGCGCCUGUGUCGGUCGCUACGGAAGACAAGAUGACUAUGGCGGUGGAGAACACGCAGGCUCGGACGGCGAAGGAACCGUUUGAGGAGUCUGCCGCCAACUUGCCCGACCCGCCUAUCGCCGACGACGGUCCCGCAGACACAGCGUCUCAGCGUUCGUCGCAGUUUCGGCAACCCCUACUCUCACGCGACCCCACCCUCGCUCCGCCGCGCCGCCCUUCCUUCCUUCGCGCCUUUUCCUCCGGUCUCUCCGCCCUCUCCUCCUUCCGCCGCCCAUCUCUUCCUCCCUCCGUCAGCAAGACCACCAUUGCGACUUUUAGCACUGUCCGUACCGAAGCCGUCCCAGCAUACCGCCUCUUCGCGCGAGACGCUCAGCCGCUCGUCUUGCCGGAUCUCGACAAGGUGCUUGACGAGUUGGGCGGACCGGCAGAGUUCUCGCCGAUGCCGGGACUGGAGGAGAUAGAUGAUCUGUCGGCGAGCACAAAGAAGCGGAGAGAAGACGAAGAAUGGGAGCUGAACAAGGUGGAGUCGAGCGGAUCGGCGGACGAGGUCUUCGGCAGUGAGGAGGAACGGAAGGGAUGGGAGGAAUGGCUACGAGGAUCCGGCCCUUCACUCUUUGCGCGACUGAAGCGCCGGAGCUUUCGACGCCCGCUUCCGCCACCAGAUCCCACUCGCCGACUAAUCUUCCCACCGUUCCACCUCCUCCCGCCUCACCUGACCGUUACGGACCUGAAACACAACCGACGAAGGCCGCCGCCUCUUCUCACGCUGCAAGGCGUUCUCGCGACGGUCGGCAACGGCGUCCUUGGGGCCGCCAGCAGCACAACCGGGAUCAGCAUGACGACCGUCGAGGGUGUGAGGGAUUUGAUGCAGAUGAUCACCUUGCUCGUCACCGCCGGCUCGCCGACUCUCGCCUCGAUCACCGCUUCCUCCUCUUCGGCCAACUCGUCGCAAAAGUCCCUCCUCCGCACGCUCUUCGUCACGGUUCCCUCAGCUCUCUCCCUCGACUUUGUCUCCGCCUUCGGCCAGGCGCUCCUUUUCCUCCUCGUUCUCACGCUCGUCACGCUCUUCGCGCUGUACGAGUUCUACCGCUUCACAGGCGGAUGGGCCGGUCCUGCCGCACGACGAGGCGCUCGCGACAUCGGCGAAGGUUACGACCGCGAAGGAGCGGACACCGUCGGUGGCUCGAAGCGCUGGCUGAGCUGGCGGAACUCGUACGGAUGGCGAGUCUUCGUUACCUUCUGGUGCACGUCGCUGUACCUGCCGCUCUCGAAGCUCGCCAUCGGCGCGCUUGUCUACACGGACGACUACUGGCCCGUCUCGAACCCCUACACCCUGUACGACUCCGACGCACCUUCGCCUCCUCCCCUCGGACCCGCCGCGACCUACUACAACCCGAUGGACUUCUGCUAUCGCACCACGAUGAGGCGCCGCCAAGGUCUCAAGAACCUCAACUUUGCCUACGUCCUGCUUCCGAUCGCAGCGGUCGUCAUCCUCGUCCUUUCGCUGUGGCUGCCUUGGCGACUAUACAAGGUCAUCGAGGAGAAGAAGCCAAAGGUUGAUGGGUGGACGGAGCUGGGCGAGAGGCGGAAGGACGAGAACGCUGAGUACGAGCGGUUACUCGAGGCGGACCCGAGCCCUUUCAGCUUUCUUUACUGCGACUAUCGACGAUCCUGGGCUUGCUUUCGCUCGAUCUACCUCGUCGUCAAGCUCAUCAAUGUGCUGCUCGUCGUCCUCAUCCAGAAGGACAACUGCGCCUUCCGCUCGUUCAGCGCGACCCACCUCUCCGUCAUCCGCCAGGGCUGCUUGUUUGCCUUCAUGUGCCUCUUCUGCGUCCUCUCAGCUGUCUCCUCCCCGUUCCUCGACAUCCCUUCCAAUUCGUCCGACCUUGUCAGCCGCUUCGGAUACGUCAUCCUGGCCAUGCUCGGUCUGCUCGCGGCUGUCAAGAUCCCGUACACUGAUCCGGCCACAAUCGCAGUUAACGUCGUGAUCUACGGCUUCUCCGCCUACUUCAUCGUGAUCAGCAAGAGCUUCGUCCAGCGCUGGGUCAAGCGGGCGCAGAGAAGGCUGGACUUCUCCAUCGACAUCUUCUCUCCUCACCUCGACCUGAGCAAGCAUAUCGCUCGGCGAGUCUGGCAGGAGACGGUCGCCGCGCUCGUUCUCUGCUCGCCCAUAUACGCAAUGCCGCCGAAGCGCAAGCUCGUUUUCACUGAGGAUCCCCAACUCCCGCCAUACCUGCUCGCCUUUGGCGGAAGCGUCGCCGAGCGCUUUGUCGGAGACUUGCAGAUUCUCCGCAAUAUCGGCCUCAACGCCUAUAGCGACGCCCUCAACGACAUCGAGACCGAUGCGCGCCUCAUGCAACUUCGACACCGGAUUCGCACCGAACUUGCUGGUCCCGACGUCUUCUACCACCCUGCAAACUCGCCUCUUCCUACGACUUCGUGCUUCGGUCGCCUCGACAUCUGCGCCUUCCCCUUCGUCGUCGUCUUCCGGUACGAUGAGCAACCGGACGAACCGGUUCACCUGAACCAAGCCGACGAGCUUGAGCGACUCGUCGAACAGAACGCCUCACCUACCGUCGUCGCAGCUCGCAAAGUCCGCCUCGCCCUCAGAGCGCUCGAAGAUCAAGUCGUCUUCCGCCCUCACAUCGAGUCUCGCCAACUUGGCUUGAUGGGCCCGGCAUCCGUUGAACAGCAUACCUCAUACCGCUUCGCCCGCCUUCGCAUCAAACACAAUUCAACGUGUCGAUGGCGCGGCUACAACUUCAGCAGCGGCUUCGAAGUUUCGCUUGAGUAUCGCGACGGCGAGGGCGUCGACUCUCGAGGGCGACUUCGGACGGGCCAACGGUUCAUGCUUUCGGGUCCACAGUUCGGCGUCCUUGACGACUUCAGCCUGACGCAAGAUGUUGCCAAGCUGUUUCGACUGAAUCGACACUUGAUUGACGAGCGCCUACCCGACGUCGAGCGGCGCAUGCGGCAGCACCGCGAGUUCUUUCGUCACGAGGCUGACCUGAAGAGCUCGGUCCUGUCCCGUGGCUUCCUCCUCUCCAUUUUCGCCGACGACCGCUUAUCGACCGACGACAUCGACCAGAACCUUCGGACGACAGAGCAGAACCCGAACGUCCAGCAAAUGUGCCCGCUGCACAAGACGACGUUCGUCUGUCUCGAAGAGCGCAUGUCGGCCGUCACGAGUAGCGCGGUGCGGGCGUGGUGGUUCCUACUCUUCGACGACCUGUGGCGGCGCAAUCCAGGUCUUCCGGCGGCCUGCUUCUCGCCUCACUACUCCUCAUCGAUUUGCUACAACCCAAUGUCUCGCGCAAAGUUCGAGGCAUUCCUUCGCGAGCGCGGGUUUUCGACGACGAGUCGCUACUCCUGCUUUCAUGCCGGCUUCCUCAACCAGAUCUACUUCUAUCUCGAGGAGCAGAUCUUCUCGCCCACCUCUCGCUCAAUUCCCAUACGUCUCGCCUCCUUACCCGACCGACUCCCCUUCGAUCAAAUACAUCACCCGCACGCUCGUGACGGUAUGCACUCCCACGCUGUUCCGCUCAUCGACAAGCGCAUCGAGCACUCCGAGGUCCGCCCUUCUCGCUUGACGGUCACGACCGGCGGCGGCACCGACGAAGACGACCGCUCGAUUCGCGAACGCCGAGCGCUCUUGUUCGAGGAAAUCUACGAACAACCUGCGCCAAGUCUCGCUCACGGGCACGUCCUUGGGUUCAUACGCUUCCAACUUGGCGUGAAGCUGCCGGAGGCUGCCAAGGUCUUCCUCGGUCUCGAGCCGUGCAUGCGCGACUGGCGUCCAUCGGAGGACGAAGGGAUCGUGCUGGACUUGCGAAGGGGUCGGGGAGGAUGGGAGGCGCCGAGGUUAAGGAAGGAAGAGGGGGGCGCAGUGUAG